AUGUCUGUUUCUCUAUCAAUCGAAACUCGUCAUUUUAUCAAUGGCGAGUUUGUACCUUCCUUGGAUGGAUCUACUUUCAAGUUAUUCAACCCUUGGAAUAACAAUAUAACUGCUGAAGUCUCAGAAGCUAAGGCAGCAGACGUCGACCGUGCUGUUGAUAGCGCCAAAGCAGCCUUCCCGAAUUGGUCCUCGCUUGACGGUUCCGAGAGAAGAAGACUCAUGCUUCGUCUUGCUGAUCUAGUUGACGAAAAUACCUCAGAGUUCGCACGGCUGGAAGCCCUGUCGAUGGGCAAACCUGUGUCGCAGUACAUGGAUUCGACAAUGGGAACGGCAACAUUGCGAUAUGAGUGCACCAUUGAUGAUUAUGCAGGAAAGGCCCUUGAUGUACAUGGUGUGACAUCUCUUACCUCCCAGAAUCAUUUGAAUCUCUCUCUCCGUCAACCUUAUGGUGUCACCGCUGCAAUUAUUCCAUGGAACGUCCCUUUAAUUAUGCUCUGCUUCAAAGUCGGCCCCUCAUUAAUCGCCGGAAAUACCCUGAUUGUGAAGUCCUCCGAGAAAGCCCCGCUUACCUGCCUACUAUUUGCCCGUCUAGCUCAUGAGGCUGGAUUCCCUCCUGGGGUUCUGAACUUUUUAUCUGGAUUUGGCCUUCCUUGCGGAGAUGCGAUUGCACGUCACCCAAUCAUCCGGAAGAUCGCUUUCACUGGCAGUUCGAUGACGGGGAAGUUGAUUCAGAAAGCCGCUGCCGAGUCGAACCUGAAGUCAUGUACACUUGAACUUGGUGGAAAGAGUCCUUUGCUUAUAUUCGAGGAUGCCAAUCUUGAGAAAGCCGCAAAGGCAGCCGCAUUCUCUAUUGUUUUCAAUUCAGGUCAAGUAUGCAUGGCUUCCUCGCGAAUCUAUGUUCAGGACUCAAUUGCGCAGGAGUUUACUCAGCUCUAUCUGAAAGAAAUCCAGGCAAUUUCUAACAAGGCAGGAGAUCCAUUGGGCCCUGAGACCAACUUUGGUCCUCAAGCAGAUACCCAGCAAGUUCAAAACAUCCAAAAAUUCUUGAAUAGGGCGAGAAUUGAAAACUUCAAAGCGAUUCUUGACGAUAACGCGGAUCCUUCUCAGGGAAAUUUCGUGUCACCUCGAGUAUUCAUCGAUGUGCCAGAAGAAAGUCCAAUCAUGAAAGAAGAAAUUUUCGGGGCUGUAUCAUGUAUCAACCGUUUCAAAGAUGAAGCCGAUGCCCUCGAACGAGCUAAUGAUUCUGAAUUUGGUCUUUACGCUACCGUUUUCACACACGAUUUGAACCGGGCAAUUCGGAUCACCAAGAACUUCGAGGCUGGGUCUGUUGCAGUCAAUUGUUCUUCGCCUUAUUAUUGCCAAGAUCUUCCUCUCGGUGGUUCUGAGGGUUCGGGCACAGGUCGAGAGCUGGGCCAAGAGGGGCUAGACUCUUGGACAGAGGUUAAAUCGAUCUUUGUCUCCCUGGACUGA